AUAAAGAGAGAGCAGCUCAGUCUCAGAGUGACAGCAUCCUGGGAUGUCACACCAGCUUUGUGACCGGGGGUCUGAGCCUUAGUAGAGCAGUCUCUUCCCAGCUUUCCUUUAUCACAUGCUGGCUGAAGCAGGACAUCCAGCAGAGGGCUAGCAGGCUAAGAAGUGACGUCCUGAAAGAGAACAGCUCAGAAGAAGACAUGUUUCGGUUCAAUGAAUCAGUUGAAAACCUCAUGAGAGGUAGAAGAUCCCCUUCACCUCCAAAACAAGCUUAUGUGCAGUCAUGGAUGACUCUUACUUCCCAAUUGAUGGAUCAGCCUUGGAGGGAACAGGGGUUCAGCAGAAAGGUAAAGGAUGAACUUCUCACAGAACUCCGAAAUUACGAGACUCAGUCAGUAGCAAAGCCCAGAAUCCUCCUGGUCGGGCAGAUUGGAGCCGGUAAAAGCAGCUUCUUCAACUCGUUGAACAGCGUCUUCAGAGGUCAUGUGGUUAUGCAGGCCAUAACUGGGUAUGGAGAGACCAGUGUAAGCAAAAAGUUCAGAGAAUAUUCAUUUUCCGAUGGAGAAGGUGGAAGACUGCCAUACAUCCUGUGUGACACCAUGGGCAUGGAAAGGACAGGCAGUGAGGACGGGAUCAAGGUAGAAGACAUCAUCAGUGUCAUUAAAGGACACAUCUCAGACAUGUAUGAGUUUAAUUCCAGGGCAGCCAUAAACUGUCAAGACCGGCAGUACCAAAGGAGUCCCUCUCUGAAAGACAAGGUGCACUGCGUUGUCUUUGUAGUUGACGCAAACAAAAUCGUUAACUUCCAGGAAAUUUCACUGUUGAAGAAGUUUAAAGAAGUCAAAUCUGAAGUGAACAGCUUGGGGAUUCCUCUGCUUGUGCUGGUGACUAAGAUAGAUGAAGCCUGCAUAGAAGUUCAAAAGGACCUCACUAAAGUGUACAGGAGCCGCUACCUGCAUGAGAAGGUGAUUCAGCUUGGACAGAUGCUGAACAUUCCUGUCUCCUCCAUCUCCCUGGUUAAGAACUAUGCAACAGAGACGGAGCUCAAUCUCAAUAUGGACAUUUUGAUCCUGAAGGCCCUGCAGCAGAUGCUGAGAGCCACUGAUGCCUACUUUGAUGAAAUGAACAUGAGGCGCUUCACCUGGUUUUGAACAAAAAAGAAGAUCCUGAUGCUUUUAUUCCUCAAUGGUUUAAUAUUUUGAUUUCAUUUGUCCUUUUAAUUUUAUAAAAUAACUUGACCCAUGACAGGAGUGGUUAAAGGGAACUCCAUUCCACAAACAACAACAACAUUUAUUUCUGCACCACAUUUUUAUACAAAUGGUGCAGCUCAUAGUGCUUUACAAAAUGAACAAAUAAAGUUUAUAAAAACAAAAAUAAGAUUAGGCAAUGCUAAAUAACAAAGAAUAAAGUAAGGUCAUAUGGUCGGGAGGGCAGAAAAAACAAUACAAAAAAACCUCUACAGGACAGGAGAAAAAAACAAAAACAAAAUCUGCAGGGGUUCCAAGGCCACGAGACCAUUUGGCCAGCCCCCACUGAGCAUUCUAACUCACAUCAAUGAUGUCAAUCAGUCCUCAGGGUCUUCAGGCUUCACAUGGAAGAAUUAGAUGAGGAUGGUGGUCAUGUGGACAUCUGGCCUUCAAUCUAUCAAUUUAGGGAUAGCAUGGUGGCCUGAUCAGCUGGUGGCCCGAACAGAAAAAAUGGAAAAAGAACAGCAGAGAACAGCAGAGAUUAGUAGGGAUUGUGG